AUGCUGCGCGCGGCGGUUCUCUCCGUCGGGCUCGCGGGAACCACACCCGCAUCGAGCCUCCUCCUCCUCCGCGGGUCCUCCUUCGCGGCGCCCCGUCUCGUCGCCGCGCCCCCGCGCGUCGUCGCCGCGCGCGGCGUGAGCUCGGCGAAGGGAGGUCGGGGCGGCAAAGGGAUGGCCGAGUUUCGUAACCCGCACAACCUCCCGGUGAAGACGUGCGUGGUGUGCGACCGGCCGUUCACCUGGCGCAAGAAGUGGGAGCGAUGCUGGGACGAGGUCACCACCUGCUCCAAGAGCUGCAACGCGGCGAGGAAGAGGGAGAAGCGCGCGGAGAACGGGGCGGACGACCGCGACGACGACGAAGACGACGACGACGCGCAUUCGGGAAGGGAUGACGGAGGCGGCGCCUCCGACGCGGAGGAGGAGAGCGGGGGACCCGACGGGGCGAGAGACGCGCGUCGGGAGCAGCGCAAGGCUGCUAAGAAGGCGGCGAAGGCCGAGAAGCGCGCGAAGCGCGGAGGCGGCGACGGAAUCGACGCGGAAGGGGACGGCAGAAAAGCGUGCGACGGCUGCGGCGCGAGGGUGGACCUGCUCAUUCGCUGCCAGACGGAUGCCACGCGCGCGUGGUCGAUGCGGUGCGGCAAGUGCUGGAAGGCGGCGUCGGGGGGCGUGCCCGACGGCGACGCGGACCAUCCCCACUACAGGUACGGGGGACUGUGGAAGAACAGGCGCGCCGUUCGACGCGUGAGCACGGCUGUCCCGGACCUCGACCUCGACGCCGUCAAGUCGCUCCGGGUGAAGUGA